AUGACUGCCCCUGUAAUUACAGCGGCUCUACUGCGUGGCCGCGGCGUAUCUAGCCCGCCGUCAGGAAUUMCCUCCAUYCCCUCCCUGCCGUUAUUUGUCGAGGCCAAGAAGCAUGCGACCACCGACUACAAGGUAGCUGUGAUAGAUCGGACGAAGGGAGAGAGCUUUACAUACAGACAAUUGCUAUCAGAUGUAUCAGACAUGAAGAAAUGGCUGUUGGAACAUCUGUCACUACCCGAUUUGGGCGAGAGGAGGAUAGCUUUCCUCAUUCCCAAUGGCUAUGAUUAUGUCGUAAUGCAGUGGGCUGUAUGGGCUGCCGGGGGCGUUUGUGUUCCGCUUUGCACCUCCCAUCCCGUCAAAGAGCUUCUCUACACAAUCGGCGACUCGCAGCCCUCAUUGGUUGUGAUUCAUCCCUCUUUCGAAAAGGUCGAUAUAGCUCUCCGCGAGCUAGUCAACGACGUACCUUUCACAGAAUUUAGUCCGCUCUCGAGCGCAAAAGAUCUAGAUACAGUUCCUCUACCACCAUUCCACGAGUCUCUUCCCCUCAACCGAAGAGCGCUCAUGAUAUAUACCUCCGGCACAACAUCCAAUCCCAAGGGCUGCGUCACGACGCAUAAGAACAUCACCUUUCAAGCCGACUGUCUCGUCAAAGCAUGGAAAUACACACCAGCGGACCACCUGAUUCACGUUCUACCCCUACAUCACGUCCACGGCAUCAUUAAUGGACUAACGGCGUCAUUCCUCAGCGGCGCAACGGUGGAAAUGCAUUCCAAAUUCGAUCCCAAAAUCAUAUGGGAGAGAUGGCAAGACAAGGGCUCAUCAACAAUGUUUAUGGCUGUACCCACAAUCUACUCGCGCCUGGUCGAUUAUUUUGAUGCACAUAUCCGCUCCACAGAGGCAGAAGCAAGUGCGAGAGAAGGCGCAAAAGCACUUCGUCUUGUCAUCAGCGGUUCCGCUGCCCUACCCACGCCAAUCAAAGCCAAAUUUGCGGAAAUUUCCGGUCAGAUUUUACUGGAGCGGUAUGGCAUGACCGAAAUCGGGAUGGGUAUCAGUUGCGGUCUUGAUGUUUCUCAGCGACUGGAUGGCAGCGUUGGCUGGCCGUUGCCAGGCGUUCAAGUCCGACUGACCGAUAAAGAAACCAACGAAAUAAUCGAACAAGACGAAGAGGACGGCAUGAUCGAGAUCAAGGGCGAUAACGUCUUCCUCGAAUACUGGAAUAAGCCAGAAGCCACCGCGAAAGAAUUUACUUCUGACGGGUGGUUCAAGACAGGCGAUGUCGCGAAGCGUUCGAAGGAUAAUGGCGCUUAUUAUAUCCAGGGACGCGCAUCGGUCGAUUUGAUCAAGACUGGUGGCUACAAGGUAUCUGCGCUCGAAGUCGAGCGGAAAAUACUGAGUUUGGAGUAUAUACAAGAAGUCGCCGUUGUCGGUGUAGCGGAUGAAGAAUGGGGACAACGUGUCGCCGCUGUUAUCAAACUAAGAGAUGGCGCCGUACCGUUGGAAUUGUCAACCCUAAGAACGCAACUGAAGCAAGAAAUAGCACCUUAUAAAAUCCCCACAAUACUGAAACUCGUCGACGGAAUAGAGCGCAAUGCGAUGGGUAAAGUCAAUAAAAAAGACUUAUUGAAGAAGUACUGGCCGGAUGCGGGAUUAUAG